AUGGACAGUGCAAACAGUCAGAAUGGCGAAACAAAAGACGCUUUCCAAAACAGGGAAAGCACACUACCUGGUCUCACUACGGUCCCAACAUCGGUGACGCUGUCAGGCGAGCAAUUUGAGAGGCUCUAUUUGACUCCCAUGACGGCCCGCCAGUCAUCACUAGCCAAGCAUGUGGGAAAUCCGACACCUUUAGCACUAGGAGGCUUUGUCAUUACUACGACCCCACUUUCGUGCUCCUUGAUGGCCUGGAGAGGAGCCAGUGGAAAUGGAAUUGCCUUCACCGGGCCUAUUGUCUUCCUUGGUGGUCUGCUGUUACUCAUCACGAGUAUUCUUGAGUUCAUUCUCGGAAAUACGUUCCCUUGUGUCGUGUUUGGUACUAUUGGCGCAUUCUGGUUUGCAUUCGCAGCUACAAUGAUCCCCUCUUUCAAUGCAGCCGCUCCAUAUUCCUCAUCAACCACCGAUACAGCUGCCGGUCUCGCCAGCCCGGGCUUCUUGAAUACCUACGCCUUCCUAUUCGUAACUAUGGCUGUCCUGAUGUUGAUCUUCAUGAUUUGUGCAACUCGCACCAACAUAGUAUACACACUCAUUUUCCUCGGUCUACUCUUGGUUUUCCUGCUCUUAACAGCGGCCUAUUGGCAACUAGGUCAAGGAAACACAGCGAUUGGGAACCGAUGUGUAAAGGGGGCUGGAGCUUCACUUUUUGUCGCAAGUCUAUGCGGGUUCUACCUGUUGAUUGUUCAGCUAUUCGAAGCCAUGGGAUUUCCAUUCCAUUUGCCAGUUGGAGACUUGGCGGCGCUUUGGGUUCGCAACCAAAAAAAGUUAGUUUCCCAAGAGAGGUUGAGUCCUUCGUUCUGA